AUGGUUUCGGUGGCAGAGUUAGUCACGAAGUUGCAUUCCAAUAUUGAUGAAAUUCACAAGACUAUUGCUUUAAUUAGCGACACUUCGAAUCAUGAUGCGGAAAUUACACGAUUAGAAAAAGAUCGCGAUGAACAGCUUCAGCAAUUGAAGAUGGCUCAUGAAAUUGCAAUGAAAGAAGGAGAGGAAGCACGACUCAAACAGGAACAAGAGAUUGAGAAACAGAUCAAGAGAGAGGAAGACGAGAUAAUAGAGAGGAGGAGGCGUGAAGAUGAGGAGAGAAAGUUGAGAAUCGAGAAUGAAGUCAAGGAGAGAGAAAAGGUAAGGCAAGAGGAGGUAGAGAAGAGGAAGGCCGAAUUCCAAAGUCAACAUAAAGAAGUUGAGGAUGGAAUCGAUGAAAAAAUGGAAAGGUUGGAAGAUGAGUUAGAGCAACAAAUGAUAGAUGGGCAAAAAGCUUUGGAAACUUUAGAUUCUGCGAGAAGGGAAAUCAACAGACAAAUUGACGAGCAACUCAAUAUUCCGACUGUACUACCUAAAAUUCAAUACAAGAGCCGCAGAAAGGUUGUAUUGAAUGAUCAAGAGCCAGAUCUAAUAUCGGAAAAUCAGAACAACAAGGGCACGGAGGAGGAUGUAGAAAGAAAUGCGGUUACAAUCGAAGAUUUAAGUCGUGAUGUGAACGAGCACAAAGAUGAAGAUCUUCAGGACAACGUAGCUGAUACUAAGGACAGUGAAAAAGACCUUGCGGUAGAGCCAACAAAGGACUUGGAAGUUCAACCAGAUUCCUCACUUCAAGAGGAAGGUGUUCCUGAAGGCCAAGAGACACAAUCACCGAAUCUUGAGAGUAUUGAAGAAGUAUCACAGCCAAUCGAAAAAACCUCUAGCUUAGUCCCCAAGGAGCAGCACAUCGAGCUUGAAGAGGUACAUCAAGCUGAUCAGCAACCCGAAUUUGAUAAUAUUGCACAAGGUAGUCAAGAUCUUUCUGAACCAGAAGCGUUAGAGCCUGUAGAAGAAAUGACCAAAGAGAUUGAUGAUGCGCUUGAGCCUUCCCAAGAGGAUACAUCUGUUGGGGCUGAUGAUGCCCCAAAGGAAUCAAUUGACUUGACUCAGUCAAUUGACGCUCCACAAAAUGAGACCAGCGACAAUCUAAAGCAAGAUCAUGUAUCUCAAGAACCGGAAAUGAUCAAGGAUCUUAUCGAAGAUAGCCGAUCAACCGAAACUCUCCACGAAGAUAAUAAUGACGAUUCAAAGCAAGACAACAGUCUGAUAGAGGAACCAAAAGAAGCAGAGACUGUUCCAGUGCUUGAACCACAUGAAUCUCCCGAAGACAGAGCAGCCAGAGAAGAAAUCGCUAAGCUGAAUGAAGAAAUUCGACGUGCUAUGGAGGAGGAAGCAAAUGAAGCAAUGCUUCCUCAUCUGGAAGCCAAGGAUGUUUCUCCGAAUGCACAAACCACAGAAUCGCAAGAGCCACAUGUUCAAGAAACUAUUGAGGCUAAAAAUGUUGCCAAUGAAAACGAUUCAGAGGACAAAGACCUCGCGGAAGAGCAUACUUCAACUCAAGACGACAGCAUACCAGUCGCUGAGGCCUUCGACAUUCAGAUUGAAAAUGAUGGCUUUGAAUCAAAGACAACUCCUGAGACAGUUGAAGUUGAGAAUACCCCAAAAGAUCAAGUUGUCUCUGAAAAUAAUGAAUCCGACCAUGAAAAAGAAUCUCUCGAACCAGAAGUGCAAGCGGACAAUACAACACAUGAUCCAGUCCAAAUUGAAACCGCAGAGCAACUUUCAGCGGAGAAGCCUUCGUCAGAGAAAUUAUCAAAUGACAACUUUCCACUUGAGGAAUAUGAAGCAUCACGAAAUGAGACAUGGGCUGUCGAUGAACCUUCGAAUGAAACCCAACACAGCACGAUUGACGAGAUGCCCCUGAGCUUGAAUAACAAGGCAAUCUUAACUCCCAUGCAUGAUGAAGAGUUUACCACUGCUUCCAAGGAUCAGGAUAACUCAGAGAUAGACAAUGGAGAUGAUUUGAUACCCAAGGAGUCUGUUAUCCCAGGUGCGCAAGAAGGUACGAACCAAGCAUCAAUUGAAGAGAAGGAAGCCCAGGAUGACCCGGAGCUGGUCCACAAUGACGAUUCAAACAUUUUAAAGGAAUCCGCGGAAGAAGCAAUUAAAACGCCACUUCCGGAGCCAGCCGAUACAGAGGUUGAGCAACUAGAUGAGGCACCAGAAAUCACUCAUGAUGACUCGGAAUCUGCCAAUCAAAGUGGAACAAUUGCACCCGAGGAAUCUGAAGCCAAGGCAAUUCUUACGCCAUUACCAGAGCCAGUAGAAUCAGAGAGCGCUCAGCUUAAUGAGGUACCAGCACCAGAGUCUCAGCUCUUGUCAAACAACCUACCAGAAGUUGACAAAGACCAAGAGGAAGUUAUCGAACCAAGAAACACUGCAGAUGCUAUCUCCGAACCUUUGUCUAAUUCGAUUGAAGACACACAGCCUACUAUGGCCGAGCAAGAUAUUGUUGGCGAAGAGUCCACAGAUGCCAAGGCGUCGAACCACGAGAGCGAAUCUAAAGAUGAGAACGUAACUCCAGACCAAGAUCACACCGAGCAAAUUGAAGACUCUGAAAAGGACCUUGAAGAUACUGCAAGCAUUGAUUUGAAACCUGAAAAUACCGAAAUUUUGGAGAGUGUACAUGCUCCCGAAAAACAGGAAGUGUUGCCAGCUGUCUCAUUAGAAGCGGGAGAGGCGAGAAGCAUCUCCAAUGAAACAUUUCCACGUCCAGAGCCAACUCCGGAUGUGGGCUCGGCAGACAUCGAAGGCCAUGAGGAUUCUGAAACUCAUGGAUUAUCUACCGAUUCUGAAUCUGCUAGCAAGGGCAAUGAUGUUGUCGACGAAGCUGCUGUUCCGCCGCAAGAUGAGCAUCAUGUCGAAGAUACUGAUAUUGGUUCUAUUGCAGACCCUGCAAGCGACACCAAUGCAAGUAACAAAAUGGAGCUACCUGAACCUCGUGAUAUCACUCCAAAUAACACCAUCGAAGAGACUGAAAUAGAUGCCGAGCCGGCUAUUACGAUUCCCGAACAAAAUGAAGAGGCAGUUAAGUCUCCUGACGUUGUUGCACGUGAUUUGGAUGUGCCAGUCCAAGGCGAUACAGGGUCAGACGAGGGACCGGAUAAAGAAGCUUCUGAUAGCGAUUCAAAUGAGAUCUCGCAGACCGUUGAUGAUACUGUUCAAUUUCCAGGUCACAUCAAGUUUCGAAUUGACGAGUCAGCUGCGGUCCAGCAAGAGAAUAGCAAUGCGCCAGAGAGUGAGCCCGCCACCGAAGAACAGGGAACUAUUUCUGAGAUAUCAGCUCCUGACACCGAGGAAAAAGAUCUAAAGCUCGAUCAAGAGAGCGAAGAACCGCUAGUAGAGGCUAACAGUACUGUGCAAGUACCGAUACUUGAAGAAACGCCUACAUCUGGCCCUGAAGAGUUCGAAGGCACUGGAGAAGCAACUUUGAAUCUUGAUGUUGGGUCACCACUUCCUUCGCCUACAAUUCAACAGACUGUUGAAGAAGGUGAUGAAAGUUCGCACACAGGUGACGUGGCUCAACAAGAGAAUCAUGUGGAUUCAAACGAAAUGAGCCAUGAAGAGAGUUCCGAAGAUGAUAAACCUUCUUCAUCUCACAUGAUCGAAAGUGUGGAACCAAUGACAUCAAGUCAAAUGCCUUCUGAGGAUGUUCAAGCGUCGGAAAAAGUGGUUGAGACUGAGCCAUUGACUUCGGAGAAUGAGGUGCCAAUACAUCAAGAAGUCGAAGAAGUCCCAGAGCAGACAAAUGACGAUGCUAUAGUGGAGGCUCAAGAGCAUCAUGAAGACAAGGAACUCCCUAUCAUUUCUAUUGAGGAGCCAGUGCAUGUUGAUGAUGAAUCACCAUUGAGAGAGAGGACAGCAGAACCUGAAAGCCAAGAAGAUACAAGGUCCGUGCCUGAGAUCAUUGCCUCGGUACCAGAGAUAUCUGUCCCGGAAAGCUUGAAUGGCGAAGCAGCUGAAGUGCCGUCUGAGGUAGAGCAGACAAGUGCCGAGAGACACGAUGAUGUUGAAAAAGACAAUUUAAAUGAUGAAAGUGUCGAUGCUGUUCAUGAAGCAAGAGACAUCGACGAGACACAAGGCCAUCAAAUUGAAAAGUCCAGAGAAACUGACUAUCCUAUCAAUCUCGAGACAGAAGAUGAGUCACACAUAAUUCCCAACAACUCUACUAAUUCUGAACCCGUCCACGACGAAACAUUGCCUCAAGAGAACGAACAGCCUACUACUAUUGAAUCAGAGCAAGUCAACAUCGGGCCGGUAUUAAAAGUAGUUAAUCCAGAUAUUCUGCCUCCAACUCAACAAGCACAACAUGAAGACCCUGAAGAUGUUCGUGCUAGAGAGGAGAUUGCUCGUUUGAAUGCAGAGUUUAUGAAAGCUGUUGAGGAGGAACAAGCUGCUGAACAAGAGAAUAAACCUGUUGACGUAAGCACAGAGAAGGCUAGCUAUGAUAUGGACAAAAGCGAACUUGUUGAAGCGGAGCAAGAGAGGCCGAGGAGAGAGAGUGCCGAAGAUAUGGCAGCGAGAGAAGAAAUUGCCUUCUUAAACGAGCAAAUGAAAUUGCUCAAUCAACAACAAGAGAGUGGGGAUAAAUCUACUGAUCUUGGGAGUGAAAAAGAAGAGAGACAGGUUGUCGAUGAAAACAAACCUCAAACAAUCGAAACGGAUGAAUCGUCGGGUACUCUGAACGAAUCCCCUCAAAAUGAAGAACAUGCGGAAGAAGAGGAUUUCCACACCGCACUCAUUCAACAAGAUGAGCAUCUGAACCCUUUCGAACAACCAGACGCAGUACUAAGUGAGGAACAAAGUGCCGAGUCAACCACAGACGAGCCAAAUGAAGAAAUUAACGCUUUACAGUACGAGGAUGGAGAUCACAAUCCAGGAGACUCGGGCUCAGAAGGUGAAAGGACCAAGCAAGGUGAGGAAACAGGGAAUUACUCUGAAAGCGAAAAUGAAUGGGAUCAAUCCUCAGAAGAAGAAGAGGAGGAGGGCCCGCUUCCUUAUCUUGAGACUAUCCGGGAAGAAUCACAUGAUGGUGCUUCCCGUGUCGGCGAAGAUCACGAGGAUGACGAUGAAGAUGAAGAAGACAUGCCCAAGAGCAGAUUCUUCCAUCCACAUUGGCAAUAUGAGGACUCCGUUGAGGACAAUGGGUUGAAAGAAGAGAGAGAGAACAGCCCGUUUGUAUCAGCGUCAGAGAAUCCAGCUAUUAAGGAAACUUCGACAGAAUUACUUCAAGAUGAGCUUAACCAUCUAAGCGGAUCCAAUCUUGACGUUUCAGAUUCUGGGCCAAGCAAAAGACCACAUACACCAAUGGCAUUGAUGUUUGGCUCCGAUGUCAAGGAAACAGAGUCACCUCACGAAGUCAGCAGCACUGGUAAUUUGAUCGAUGGCAAUCUCGAAGCACCAAUUGAAAACGCAACUGCUUCUAAUGCUACGGAUUUACCACGAGUGUUGGAGCCAAGUCCUGACAUUCAGGAAAAUCGUGGAAAGCCCGAGUCGUUGAAAGACGAAGAUCUUGUCGAAAAUAACAACCUCACUCCAAAACCUAAACCUAGACGACCAGCAUCGUUGUAUCACCGAAAUAGUGAUUUGAGUCCAGAACAUGAGGCAGUAUUCUCGAGAGUUUCACAAAUCCGAAGCAGUUUAACACCUUCACCGGAACCACAUCAGUCACCUGUAUUGAGUCCUAGGUCGAGAUCUGAGAGAUUUCCACCAGAUGAACACCGAAAUUACUUAGAUGCCUCAAUCAACAACGCCUAUAAUGGAUGGGGAUAUUCUCAAGACGGUGAUCAGCAACAAGAUUACAGAACUCAAUUGAACAACGAUAAUGGUCGUAACCGAUCUCAUACAGUCGAUACAGUUCCAUCAUUCGAACAUUAUGCAUCAGAUGAUGGCGAAUCAGGUCCCCCAACUCCACCUCAACAACCACAAUACUCUGAUCCUGUGUCACAACAACCACACAUUAGUCAGAUGAUGUCAACGGAAUUUGAAUCUUCUGAAGGAUGGUCACAUCCAAAUGAUGAUACCCAGGAUGAUUCAGCAAAUCAAGAACAAAACCUUGAUGAAAUUAUCAAAUCUCCUAAUCUACAAGAUGCCGCCGAAUUCGAUCCUUUCAACCCACAAGAAUACAAAUCUCCAAUUCUAAGUCCUGCACAUUCAUCUUCUUUUAAUGUAAGCAACGUGCAUAUGGAUCAGGAAUAUCCUCCAGUCCUAGCACCGACUCCACCAUCACUUAUCCCCCCUGAGAAGAUCUUGAGCUCCAAUGCACCUGCAUCAACCCCAAUAUUCACAGCUCAGGCUCCCACUCAGAUCGAAGAGAAAUCGACCCCUCUGCCACCAAAUCUCCAUUCCGUUCCUUGGACACAGUCAGAAGAUCCCGCCAAAACUGCAGCCACAACUCAAGAAAAAGAAACCGCAUCCCCACAACGUAAUCCAAGACCUGUUAGUUCCAUAUUCGCUAGAACGCGCUCUCUAUUCGAAGCAGGAGCAAAUGAUUCAAAUCCGCCUCCUAAACAGAGACCGCUUUCCGGAAUGAGUAUUUUCAAUGUUGGUUCACAGAAUCGUUCGAAUACACCGGUUCAAACCAGACCACAUAGUCUUUCGGUCUCAAGUUUGAGAAGCAGAAGUGAGAGUUUGUCAAAGCGAUCGAGUUUGAGUUUCGGGGAAAGUGCGAAUGUUAAAGCGGAUGCAAACGCGAAUACCAAUGUAAAUGCCAACGUCAAUGCAAGAGAUGACUAUGAUCCAGAUACAGAUGCAGACUUCCUGCCAAAGAGUCUAGAUGGCGAUGGAAGAAUGCCUAGUCCGGCCUUUGGAUUACCCGGGCAUAGAAGCAGUGGAAGUUUCGAUAGGGGAAAACUAUAUGGAGAUGAAGAUGAUCCUUAUUUUACGAAUGGUGGGGACAAGGGGAGUGCGGGAUGGAUGGGAGGUUCAGGAGUAGGGGGUAUGAGGGGCGCAGAGAGGGAACCUCUCUUGAAGGAUGGAAAUUGA